CACAGAGCAGUGCGAUCGCUUUCGGCUGACAAUUCGGCGCAGUGGUUAAAUCUCCAGGGGGCAAUUUAGAGAGUAAGUCGCUCUCCGCCGAGCGUCCCGUCAUUAGCACAGCGAAUAGCAGAUGUCCACCUCCUCACAAUCGGGUGAAUGUGGAUCCCUAGACCGUAGGUGAUCUUGCUGGAUCUUCCGACCUGCUGGAGCCUGUAUCAUCUGCAGCAUCUGUGCAGGGAGCAGCGGCGUUGCUCCUACUGUCAGUCGGGUUUUCAGCCUUAACCGGAGCCUCAGACCCCGGAGUCUGUUCCUGCGACUUCAUUAAUUGUAGACGGUGGCACCAACCGGGUCGGGGCCGCUGCUGGUCUCCUGCGGGAAGCUCUCGUCGAUAUGCUCUGAGGGUCGUGGUGGAACUGGAGACUCAGGAAGGGCAGAGGUGAACAUCGGUCAUAACGACCGGGAAGAAUGGAUGCGGGGGUCAGUGAAAGAGUGAGCUCGUACUUUGGGGAUUAUCUCAACAACGAGACGGUGAGUUUACAUUAUAACUACACCGGGAAGCUAACCCCGGGCAGAUACAAGGCAGGUCUGAGGGUUCACGCUGUCAUAUCUUUGAUCGUUUGCGUGUUUAUAAUAGUGGAGAAUCUGCUGGUCCUCACAGCCAUCCGGAAGAACAGUAAAUUCCACACGCCAAUGUUCUACUUGCUCGCCAACCUGACUCUGUCGGACCUGUUGGCAGGAGUGACCUACGUGGUCAACAUUCUGCUCUCCGGUGCCAACACCCUGAAACUGACACCACUCCUGUGGUUCCUGAGAGAAGGCGGCGUCUUCAUCACCCUCACGGCGUCGGUCUUCAGCCUGCUGGCCAUCGCGGUGGAGAGGCACGUCACGAUGGUGAGGAUGCAGUUGUACAACGCCGACAAGAAGUGGCGAACGCGGAUGUUUAUGGGGGCGAACUGGAUCUUCUCGGUGUUCCUCGGGAGCCUCCCGAUCCUGGGCUGGAACUGCAUUGGAAACCUGCCCUCUUGCUCAACAAUACUGCCGCUGUACUCUAAGUACUACAUCCUGGUGUGCAUUCUCAUCUUUAUCGCCGUCUUGUUUUCCAUAGUUAUAUUGUACAUUCGUAUAUACCGUAAAGUCAAGACUAACACCCUCGACAUGGCCACUCUGAGAAAUGGUGAAUCCAAGAAGAGCAAGAAAUCGCGGGCAUUGCUGAAGACCCUGACCAUCGUGGUGGUCAGUUUCAUCGUCUGCUGGUUGCCGAUAUUCACUGUGCUGCUACUGGACGUUUCCCUUAUAGUGAGAAGCUCUUGCAUUUCUGCUGUGGCCGAUUACUUCCUGGGACUGGCCAUGUUCAAUUCAGCCUUGAAUCCUGUCAUUUACACCCUCACCAACAGAGACAUGCGCCACACCAUUGUGCGGCUGGUGUGCCUCACCAAAGCCGACGAGCAGCCUCGCUGUUGCGGCGCUGUGAUAGCCGAAUACAGCAGUACCCAAUGUGACCGGUCCUCACUGCACAGACACGAACUCCUCCACACCACCCUCUCCUCCGGGAACGGACCGCAGUCUCCCACGAGGAUCUCGCUGGCCUCGCGGUGACCAUGGGCUCCUUCUCCUUGCCCCGUCGGGGAAACGACCUCGAAGCGAAAUGCAAAAUUGCACUGAUUACAAUGAACUGAACGGACGAUGUUAAACGCAUGAAGGAGUACUUCCCGGCAAUCUCAUUUGAGAUACGGCGAAACGUGUGCCUGGGUUUCUUAAAUUUUAAGGUAUAAUGCAAGGGUUCCCAACCUGGGAACGGUAAGGGUCCAUUUCAUAAAGGAGUGGGCGGCGCGGUAGCAGGGAGUUUAGCGCAAGGCUUUGCAGAACCCGCAACCAAUUCCCGCCGCUGCCUGCAGGGAGUUUGUACGCUCUCCCCGCCGCCACAGGCCAGGUAGGUUAAUUAGUCAUUGUAAAUUGUCCCCGGAUUAGACUGGGAUUAAAUUUGGGGAUUGCCGGGCGGCGCGGCUCAAAGGGCCAGAUGAGUCUGUUCCACGCUGUGUUAGAUAAAUGAAUGCUGUUGGGAACCCCUGGUCAAGGGAUGAAGAAUCUCAUUCUUUAACAAAAGUAUAUAAAUGACUUGGAUGAAAGCAGGAAAGAGGUGGUUUCCAGAUGUAAGUGAAUAAGUAAUUUGUAUAACAUUUAUGUACACAUAAUUAGUAAGAUGUGAUUCGCUGAUGUGACAGAGUAGGAAAGUAACUUGUGAAGGUGACAUGAGAAGGAUACCAAAAGACUUAAAAACCUGAAGUGAGCAAUAAAGAUCUAGCAAGUGGAGUAUAUUGUUGGGUGGGGGGGUACCUGAAAUUGUGAAAAAUGUAUUUUCUAAAAGGUGAGUGGGUAAAAUGCAGAGGGAACUUGGUGUCCUUUCUGCAGGAUUUCCAAAAGGCCAGCAGCAGGUACUGCAAGUAAUUAGUAAUUUAUAUAGAAUUUAUAGUUUAUUAUUGGGAGAAUUGAAUGCAAAAUUUGUCUCAUUUAUGUAUUUAUUUAUUGAGGAGAUAACCUUUACUGUGUAUUAGUAAGGCUCUCCAUAUCUAAUCAAGGAACUUGAUAUUUUGAAAUCAGUUUAGAGAAAGUAUACUAGGCUAAUACCUGAAACUAGCAGUUUGGUAUCCUGUCAGGAAAGGUUCAACAAGUUAAACUUCUAAAGCUGAAGAUGGACAAAAAUGCAGUGGUGAGGCUAUAACUGGAUAAGUUAUGACAUUAAAUGUGGAGUAUCCUUGAGAGGCCAGGUUGCCUAUUAAUGUUCCCAAUUUAUAUGUUCACAUGUCAAAGUACAGUCAAAUUUGUGUAAGGAUUACAUCAGCACAAAGGCUGGCAAUGUACCUAUAACAACACAGACUGCAAAUGGGCCUGUGAAUUGUAAGUGUCAGUUUGACACAGUGCUACAGCUACUUAUUUUAGAUUCGACAGGAAGUUCUGCAAUUCUUGUCCAAUUUUGCAAUGGGCAAGUUUCUCAACUAGUAUCAUAAAUGCCAAAUGCUUAUAUUGAAUAGCUUUUUUCCCUUCCAUCCUCCAACAUGCCAAGGUUUGGGCUCAAUUACACAAUACAUGACACUCUGGGAGACAAACUUCUCUACACAGCAUAGUAAGUAAACCAAACCUUGGCUUGCCCAGAAAAGACCAGGGCAUAUAUUUUUCAACCUCAGCUCCAUGGAGUAGGCAAAUUUGCAGCAGGAGUUCUUGGAUAGCAAUCAAACUGCCUACGUUUCCCUGUGGCAAGCCGUAUUCUCCAACCCCCGCAACUUGCACACUCCUGUCUUUUUUUUUCUCUUGGCUCUCCAGCAGUUGGUUAAAUUUCCUAUGAGAUGGAGGCACAUUGAGCCAAUACUAAUGUUGUUCUAGGACUGAGCAAUUCUCUUUCUUGCACUAAGCAUUUUGCAGUAAAGAGGUGAUAUUCUCAGUGAUGUAUUUUUGCAGAGUCAAUGACUACUGGAAGUGUUAUGUAGCAUAUAGUACUCUGAGGUUACCUGAAUGGCAGCACUUUAAUUUCCUGAUCAUUCCUCAUGACAAUUAUGAGAUGCAUGAGUAGGACUGACUGAUCCAUUCAUGUCACUCUUUAUAUGCAGAAGAUUCUAUUGCACUGCAGCUUCUCGUUCUAGUGUAGAAUUGAUUACAGCUUUCAAAUAAAAAGGCAACUGAUUCUGCUUUGGCUCCAGCUAUGACACUGCCAAGGGAAGACUAUGAAAUACCUAAAUAUUUUUAAAUGUAAAAAAUAUCAUGACAACCAUUAUUUCAACUGUGAUAACUGCAGAUGUGAAUAAUUUAAACGAUUUGUGAAUAAAGUUUUAUUGAUCAACAGAUUAUUUUAUUUGAUUCUGUAUUUUAUUUAGAGCAGGGGUUCCCAACCUGGGAUCCAUGGACUCCACAGUUAAUGGUAGGGGUUCUAUGGCAUUUUUAAAAAAAGUGGUUGGUAACCUCUAAUUUAGAGGUACAACACAAUAACAGGACCUUCUGGCCCAGUGAACACACCCCACCCAAUUACACCCAUGUCACCAAUAAUAAUCUAGUAAGCCACUCUAUUUGCAAUAUAGGAAGAAACUCACGUGGUCACAGGGAGAAUGUACGAACUCCAUUCUCCUUACUGUGAGUGGUGGAAUUGAACUUGGGUACUGGCACUGUAAUAUUGUUACGCUGCCAUGCCACCCUACAUAUUAGUUAAGCUAGUUAGAUGUCUAUCUUAACAUCUUAAAACAAAAUAGAUCAUGAAAGGGGUUCCAAAGCUUGCAAAAUGUAGGUUGGGAUAAAAUGUCCUCUGGGAGCUCUCUCUGCAAAUGGAGGUCAGGCACGUUCUGCACAAAGACAGGUAUUUUUCACAUAGAUACAAUUGGUCAAUAGUGUUCCAGAUAACUAAACUAAAAUUCCCAAUUUGCAUGCACCUAUCAGAGAAUUGCAAACACACUCACUAAAUGGAGUAGAAAGUUCAUGUGCUGUUUCUGUUUUUGACUGAGAUAUGCAAAAGGUCUCAAGUCUAAUCCUUCACUUCUGUCGAAGCCCAUCAUAGGUUGGAAACAACUAUGGUCUGUAAUUGAUAUUAAUACCACUGGCCAACAAGAGAAAAGUUCUGAAUUUCUUCUCCACUGAUCUAGGCAGGUAGAGACAAGAUCAAGAUUGCUGGCUUCAUUAAAGGAAAGAUUUUUCUAAAAUGCCUUUCACAUAACCUUCAGGAUGUGUCAAAGCACUCUGCAGUCAAUAAAGUCAAUUUGCAAUGUAGGAUGUAUGGUUAUCCAUUUGCAAGAUUCCAUAAGUAGCAAUGUGAUAAUGACCAAAGUGUGGGAGAGAAAAAUCAAAUUACAAAAAUAGCUGAGUAAUUUUUGCUACUUAAAUUUAAAUAUGACAAAUAAACAUUUGAAUGAAUUCUUGGCAGUCUGCUGCCAUCUCUAUAGUCAAUGGUUAACAACGUUUAAUGUAUUGAUUCAAGAAAAUAAAUAAGCU